AUGGACGGUCAUGGCACGAUCAACCCUGCUGCGCUCAACUCAACCCUCGACAACUCGCCAUAUAACAAUCGCGGUCUGAAGCGCAGCCGCUCCCCGCUCGAUCCCGUCGACACCGACGACUUUAAACCACGAAAGCGCGGUCGUCCUCCCAAGCAAAAGACUGCCGACAGUCCACAAAUGGCUUCCCAUCCCGCCCACCUGUCGUCGCCUCUCGCCGUACAGACGCCUCAGAUAAAGCAAGGCGGAAACCAGUCCUCGCCUUCUCAGGCUUCACCUCAACGACAGACUCCAGCUUCGGGCCAGAAGACUACCGUCGUCAAGGCUCUGCCUACUGUCAGAGAUCAUACCACCGACCAACUCGGCCCUGAGGGCGAUGAAUACAUCCCUCGUGAAAUCGAUGAAGCUGGUGAGAAGAAGGUGGAUGCCAAUGGCAACCUGACCGAUCGCGAAUAUCGCAUCAGAAUAUUCACCGUACCAAACCGAGGCCAGAAGAUGUUCAUGCUCGCCACCGAGUGCGCGCGCGCGUUGGGCUAUCGCGAUUCGUACCUGCUCUUUAACAAGAACCGAUCGCUGUACAAGAUCAUCGCCAACCAGCCGGAGAAGGACAACCUCAUCCACCAGGAAAUCUUGCCGUAUUCAUACCGUUCGAGGCAAAUAGCCAUCGUAACGGCACGAUCCAUGUUCCGUCAGUUCGGAAGUCGCGUUGUCACCAACGGAAGACGAGUCCGCGAUGACUAUUGGGAGUCCAAGGCAAGAAGUCAAGGCUUCACCGAAGAAGAUGCGGCCGGAGAGAAGCGACCAGGUGCUGCCAAGCAGAGGGAAGCAGCGGCCGCCGAGGCUUCCACCAACACGACUACACUGACUUCCAUGCCUCAUACGGACAUAAUAUACACAAACGGUCCCGGGCUCGAAGGUCACCCCGCCGUUCCACCAGGCAUCCAUCCCGUUACUCUCGCACCUCUCAGCAUGAUCAACAUGCCUUCUGAUGAUCCCAGAGUUCCAGACUUCCGUGCCAUCGCUCGUCCCAGACAAGAACUCACAGGUCCUGCCUACCAAGAUCGCACUCAGCCCAGCAAUCCCCAGGACAUUUUCAAUCAAGCAAACCAGGCAGCCGAGUUCAACAAGUCUCUGACCCAACAGCGCGUGGUGCGCAACCAAUACUAUGAGGACUACUGGAAGCGUCCUCAUGAGCCGCCCACACCUCCUCCACAGCCGCAUAUGCCCGACACUACGGACAUGGGAACUAUUGCCCCCCAUACGAUGCAGUCACCUCAGAGUCGCCUCCCAUCCAUCUCGCAGCCUAGCAUGAUGGCACACCAACAAGCUGCUGCUCACAUGAUGCCUUCUCAGUUCCAUCAGCAAAACCAGCAAAACCCCAUGCAGUCACCUGUGCGCUCCAUGCACCAGCAGCUUCCCUCUUCGCAGAUGCAUCAAAGCUCACCUGCUGCCAUGGGUAUGAGCUCCAUGCGCCAGCAGACACCCUCGUACGGUUACCAACAGGGCCAAAUGUGGCCGCCCUCGCAGCCUCAGCCAUCUCCCUUGUCGCAAGCUCACAACAUGGCUCAAUUUCAGCAGCAACCUCAACACUCUCCCAUGCACCCUCCCUCUCAGAUGGGUGCCAUGGCUGGUUACUCUUCCAUGAAUCCCAUGGGUCCAGCUGGAGCCUUUGCUGGCAUGAACCGUAACAUGUACCAACCCAGCCCAAGCCCGCAGCAAUUUGCCAUGCAACAGCAACAACAACAGCAGCAGCAACAACAACAACAGGGGACGCCUGCGUCAUCUCAGCAGCAGAACAUGCAUGGAUGGGCACCUCCAUCGACCAACCCUGCUAGCAUGACCCCUCAAGACUGGCAACGAUACCAAUAG